AUGCUGGAUGUCAUUGGACCACCGAACAGUCCAGCCGGUGUUUAUGCCGAACCAGUAAUGACUAAUAAGAGAGCUUAUCGGCUUCAUUGGACAGAUGGUAACGACAAUGGCUCCCCGAUCCAAUUCUACAACAUCCUCGCUGCUACUCAUCAUAGUCCUGUCUACAAGACCUUAUUAGAAGAUAUCCCAGAAGAAAGUACUUUGCAAUAUGACAGCAGGCAAAGGACAUUUCUGGUAGGGGAGCUUCGACCUGUGUUUUAUUCGGUACCCCAGGCACCACCAGAGAAAGUUCCUGAUCAUGUUGGUGGAGGUGGUGGCUCUGUGGGAACAUUGAAGAUAACAUGGAUGGCCCUUUCAAUAGAAGAUCAAGGCGCUAAAGGAAUCGGUUACAAUGUUUAUUGGCGCGAAAGUUUCAAAGAACCUUGGAAUUUUGUAAGUACGCGUUUGCGAAGGCUUCUUUAA